AUGUCUGCUCUACACUGGAGGAGACAGCCCGAGUGGGAAUCUGCCCACCACCGCUCGCCAGUGCGGCUGCGCGCCAAGGCCCCGCCUCCAGGGAGGGAGGAGCAGCCCCGAGGGCGCGCCCACCGGAGCUCGGCCACCGGAGAUAGAGGACAAAUCCGCGGGAGGCGGAAGAUAAGGGGCUGACAGGAGCCUAAGUCUCGCGGCUUUUGGUCGUGAGAGUCGUUCGCGUCCCUCUUCUCUGCCCGCCAGGACCCCACCGGGGAUUGCUUAGCUCGCGAUCUUCCUCAGAGGUGCGGGCGGCCCCGGCGGCGGUGGCGAGCGAGGGGCAGCGAUCUGGGAUCCUCGCUGCCCGGGUUUAUCUCCAUGAAUAAUUUAAAUGACCCUCCACAUUGGAAUAUCCGGCCUAAUUCCAGGGCAGAGGGUGGUGAUGGAAGCAGAUGGAAUUAUGCUCUACUGGUUCCCAUGCUGGGAUUGGCAGCUUUUCGUUGGAUUUGGUCCAGAGAGUCUCAAAAAGAAAUAGAAAAAGAAAGAAAAGCCUACGAACAGAAAAUAAUUGCUUUCCAACAGGAUCUUGAAGCUAAAUACCGUGAUAUUAUCUCAGAAAACCGUCGUGCAGUGGCUCGUUUGUCUGUGGAGCUUGAAAAGGAACAUAAUAGAACAACUAGCUAUCGUGAAGCCCUCAUCUCUCAGGGUCGAAAAUUAGUAGAAGAAAGGAAACUUCUGGAACAGGAACGUGCACAGGUAAUGCAAGAAAAGCAGCAGCUACAGCCUUUGAAAAGUGUGUAUCAACACUGCUUGGAAAAGGAAGAAAACUGGCAAAAAAGGGCUGUCCUUUUGUUGAAAGAAUUUGAAGAAGCACUUAUAGAGCGACAGAAUAUCUACUGUAGUCUGGUUCUUCCUCGGACCAAGCGCCUAGAAAUCGAGAAAAGCUUGUUAGUUCGAGCAUCCAUUGAUCCAGUUGCUGCUGAUCUAGAGAUGGUAUCUGGUUUAACAGAUAUAUUUAAGCAUGACACAUUUUGUGGAGAUAUGUGGAAUUCCAACAAACGUCAGAAUGGGAGGCUCAUGUGGCUUUAUCUCAAAUACUGGGAAUUAACUGUUGAAUUGAACAAAUUUAAGAGAGUGGAGAAAUCCAUAUUAGAAAAAUAAGAAAAACAUGGAAUAGGAAGGCUUGUCUUAUUGACUAUGAAUGGAGUAAGACCAGACUGACAUUCUGGGGUACUGGUUUUCCCAAUAUCUUUUCUUUUUUCACUGCUGCUGUUACCAUAUAUACUGCCAUUAAAGCAGAAUGUCUCCCUAGCUGUGGAUUAGCUGGCAUGCUUCUAAAGUUUGCCAACUUUUAAAAAUAGUUGUAGUUUACCUUUCCUUUCCUGAGGAGGCAAUAGGUUAACUCCCUACCAUACUUGGCUUGCGGCAGUUUAAAAAGAUACAGACUCUCUGAAGCUUCUCCUAUGCCACCGAUAUUUUAAAUAACAGAACACCAUUAUUUUGUCCUACCACCAAAUUAGCUUUGGGAAAGUAUUAUAGUCCAUUUUUGUCAUUCCCUUAAAAAUUAUGGUUUCCCUCAAACCAUUUAAUCUCAUAGCAUAUUUUUUUUCCCAAAAUGAAAUCUAAAAAUUGUCAGAUUAUAUGCAGAAUGGUACUGUAGUUGUCAGUGCAAAAUAGUGCUAUUUAUCAUAUUAACACAGCUCUAUCAGAUUACUUAAACUUUCCAGUGUUUCCUGUAUCCAAAUUUAUGCAAUAUUAAAUGAGAUUUGGGUUGUUUGUAUUCAGAUUUUAGUUAUGUCAUUAGUGUUAUAUGAAAAUUAAUACUAGCAUGCACCAUCAACAAAUAGUCCCUUAAGAAUAUUAAUCAUACUCUAUAUGUAGAGCACUUUGUGAUUUAUCAAACAUUUUUCUCAUAUUUAUGUAACAUCCGCACAACAACUCCAUGAGGACAGAUAUUAUUGUUAUUUUAUAUAUAAGGAAACAGACUCUGAAAGGUUAUUGAAUCUCAAAUAGCAUACUUAGUAAGUGGCAGAGCCAGAGACCCAGUUGGUACUCUUUUACUCAAGCAUGUUUCCUAUCCAAAUAGGGGUAAAUAAAAGAGACUAAUAAAUAUGAAUUUUAUUAUUUAAAUUUUUAUUUAGGGUAAUGCUUCCCCAAAGAGCAACAAGAGGGCUAUUAACGUGUUCUACAAUUGUGACCUGGUCAUAGAAUGACUUUGUUUGACUUGGUAUUCAUGGUGUUCAGUAUCAGAAUCAAAUUGAACUGUUAUUACCAGCUUCCUCUGAGUGCAUCAUUUUUGUUUUGUUUUUAGAAAGGGCAUACAGUAUCAAGUUUAACACAAGGGGAGAAAAAUAAGAUUAUGUAAGUUUUUCUUUAUGUGCAUUUCUAGAAUGGCAUAUAGAACUCUGGGUAAGCAUUGCAUUCAAGUUUGCUUUAGAAAAAAAUAGCUUUCCAAAUGGCGUAGUGCUUUUUGUUUCCCUGGGUGCUCAUAGUCUCACUUGUCUACAGAGUUGGAUCACUGUACCAUCACUUAGCAUAAGACUGAGUAUGAAAAUGAUAUCUGGUAGAUGUCACCCAAGAAGUUCAAUGUAACCUUCUGUAUUUUCUAAAGUUUUAUAUCUGAGCUUCUCUAGUCAGUAAUUCCACUGAUUAGCCAUUUAACCUUAAUCUAGUCAAUUAGAAUCCCAGACUCUUUGGUUUGGAAGGUACCCUAAGGGUAAUCUAGUUAAUUUCAUCUUAUCAAUUCAUCUUCACUCUUCCAUAAGUGAAGAAAAUUAGUCAGCUUUUAGUUUUUCUUUUUGUUAGAUGAUCCAGGGUGAUUUUUUAAUCAUGUGCUUUCUUCCUUCAAUUGUUUCCUUCCCAAAAUCUAGCUGUGCUCAUGGAGUGCAAACUAAUUUAGAUAUAAGCCCAAACAAAACAAAAUCAAGAAUAAAAUUAACUAGGAAUUAAUAUGACUGUGUGCUUCUACACAAAAAAAUUUCAGUAGUGUCUUCCAGAGUCAGGUAGAAAUAAUUUGGAUUUUCCUUGCUCCUACUGCCCUAAUAUGAUUGAGAGUUGACAUUAUUUUACUGACCUUCUGCAAAGAACAUCUGUAAUGAAUGAGAUAUCUUUAUGAUCCAAUAAAAAUAAGAGUACAUGAUAUGAACAUUUUCAUUAGUAAAGAAGAAAAUACUACUUUUGUAGUCUUUUUUUUGCAAAACUAAAUGGCAAUAAUAAGGGCUAUACAUUAAAACUUUGGCGAAUUUGAUCCUGAGAAUUGAGAUUGGUGAAGUAGAAUAUAGAGAAAUUGAGCAGACUAUACAGAGAGCCUUCUUGUAGCUCGGGGGGGGGGAGAUUGGAACCAGGGAUUGCUCAAGACUUGAGAUGGAAGUGCUGCUGACGUGCUACAGACAGGAUAAUUAAUUAUCAAAAGGAGGAACAUAGGAAUGGGAGAGAGGGAACUCGAUAUCGUAGCAUGUGAUAUUUGAUUCUUUUUAAGUCACAAGGUUCGGGGAUAUUAUGUAUUGGGUGAUGGUGUGUUUCUUUGUGAUUCAGAUUGUUCUAACUUUCCCAUUGUAAAAGUACCCAUUUCAGGAUGUUUUUGUGAUGUAAAAGGGGUGAGCACCAGGACUAACCUCUUGCUAUUUGCAAAAAUAAAAGUAGAUGAUGAUUCUGUAGAGUGAUUGAUAUGUUUUUCCCCCUAAAUAACAUUUUUGUCUUUGAAUUGGUUUUUUUCCCCAAAAUUCCUUGUCAGUUAGGAAUGGUAAAUACAGCGUCCUAAUUAAAACUCCAGAGAAGUGGAAAGACUGCAGAUAUACCCUUUGAUGUCACAUACUGUAGGGGAAAAUACUCAUAAAAACAUUUGUUAAUAGUCUUAAAAAGAACUUGCAUUUUCCUUCUUAAAGAAGUGUGGCUAAUUAAACAUGUGUCCGUUAUGUUUAUUCUUUGCCAAUUAUUUUCUUUCUGUGUUUGCUUUUUUAUUUGAUUGCUUAGUAGUUCUAAGAUAAUCUAAUAUAAUCAGUUGAAAAGCAA